UCUUGGUCUUGGUCUUCCGCAGGAGCUCCUCACAUGCUGUGAGGAGGGGAAGGGGGAGAUUAAGGACGGCCUAGAGGUGAUGCUCAGCGUGCCGAAGCGAGCCAACGACGCCAUGCACCUCAGCAUGCUGGAAGGAUUUGAUGAAAAUAUUGAGUCUCAGGGAGAGCUCAUCCUGCAGGAAUCCUUCCAAGUGUGGGACCCAAAAACCUUAAUUCGAAAGGGUCGAGAGCGGCAUCUCUUCCUUUUUGAAAUGUCCUUAGUAUUUAGUAAAGAAGUGAAAGAUUCCAGUGGGAGAAGCAAGUACCUUUAUAAAAGCAAAUUGUUUACCUCAGAGUUGGGUGUCACAGAACAUGUUGAAGGAGAUGCUUGCAAAUUUGCACUGUGGGUAGGGAGGACGCCAACUUCCGAUAACAAAAUUGUCCUUAAGGCUUCCAGCAUAGAAAACAAGCAGGACUGGAUAAAGCACAUCCGUGAGGUGAUUCAGGAACGGACCAUCCAUCUCAAAGGAGCCCUGAAGGAGCCCAUUCACAUUCCCAAAACCACUCCUGCAACAAGACAGAAGGGAAGGAGGGAUGGAGAGGAUCUGGAUAGCCAAGGCGAUGGCAGCAGCCAGCCUGAUACAAUUUCUAUUGCCUCCCGGACGUCUCAGAACACACUGGACAGCGAUAAGCUUUCUGGUGGCUGCGAGCUGACCGUGGUGAUCCACGACUUCACCGCAUGCAACAGCACUGAACUGACCAUCCGCCGGGGCCAGACCGUGGAGGUUUUGGAGCGGCCCCAUGACAAGCCUGACUGGUGUCUGGUGCGGACCACCGACCGGUCCCCAGCCGCGGAGGGCCUGGUUCCCUGCGGCUCCCUGUGCAUUGCCCACUCGAGAAGUAGCAUGGAGAUGGAGGGCAUCUUCAACCACAAAGACUCCCUGUCCGUGUCCAGUAAUGAUGCCAGCCCGCCCGCCUCCGUGGCUUCCCUUCAGCCCCACAUGAUGGGGGCCCAGAGCUCCCCAGGCCCCAAGCGCCCAGGCAAUACGCUGCGCAAGUGGCUGACGAGCCCGGUGCGGCGGCUGAGCAGUGGCAAGGCCGACGGGCACGUGAAGAAGCUGGCCCACAAGCACAAGAAGAGCCGGGAGGUGCGCAAGAGUGCCGACGCCGGCUCGCAGAAGGACUCGGACGACAGCGCGGCCACGCCUCAGGACGAGACCAUUGAAGAGAGGGGCCGGAACGAGGGCCUGAGCAGUGGCACACUCUCUAAGUCGUCGUCCUCGGGCAUGCAGAGCUGUGGAGAGGAGGAAGGGGAGGAGGGGGCCGAUGCCGUGCCUCUGCCCCCACCCAUGGCCAUUCAGCAGCAUAGCCUGCUCCAGCCAGACUCGCAGGACGACAAGGCCUCGUCUCGGUUGUUGGUCCGCCCCACCAGCUCCGAGACGCCAAGUGCUGCCGAGCUUGUCAGUGCAAUCGAGGAACUCGUGAAAAGCAAGAUGGCGCUGGAGGACCGCCCCAGCUCACUCCUUGUUGACCAGGGGGACAGCAGCAGCCCGUCCUUCAACCCUUCAGACAACUCCCUCCUCUCCUCCUCCUCGCCCAUCGAUGAGAUGGAAGAAAGGAAGUCCAGCUCUCUAAAGAGACGGCACUAUGUUUUGCAAGAAUUAGUAGAGACAGAGCGUGACUAUGUGCGGGACCUCGGCUGUGUGGUUGAGGGCUACAUGGCACUUAUGAAAGAAGAUGGUGUUCCUGAUGACAUGAAGGGAAAAGACAAGAUUGUGUUUGGCAACAUCCAUCAGAUAUAUGACUGGCACAGAGACUUUUUUUUAGCAGAGUUGGAAAAGUGCCUUGAAGAUCCAGAAAAACUAGGAUCCCUUUUUGUUAAACAUGAGAGAAGGUUGCACAUGUACAUAGUUUAUUGUCAGAAUAAACCAAAGUCUGAGCACAUUGUCUCAGAAUACAUUGAUACCUUUUUUGAGGACUUAAAGCAGCGCCUUGGCCACAGGUUACAGCUCACAGAUUUGUUAAUCAAACCAGUGCAGAGAAUUAUGAAAUAUCAGCUGUUACUGAAGGACUUCCUCAAGUACUCCAAGAAAGCUAGCUUGGACACAUCGGAAUUAGAGAGAGCCGUGGAGGUCAUGUGCAUAGUUCCAAAGCGGUGCAACGACAUGAUGAACGUCGGACGGCUGCAAGGAUUUGACGGUAAAAUUGUUGCCCAGGGCAAGCUGCUCUUGCAGGACACAUUCUUAGUCACAGACCAGGACACAGGACUUCUGCCUCGCUGCAAAGAGAGACGAAUUUUCCUCUUUGAGCAGAUCGUCAUUUUCAGCGAACCACUUGAUAAAAAAAAGGGCUACUCCAUGCCAGGAUUCCUGUUUAAGAACAGUAUCAAGGUGAGUUGCCUUUGCCUGGAGGAAAAUGUGGAAAAUGAUCCCUGUAAAUUUGCUCUGACGUCAAGGACGGGUGAUGUGGCAGAGACCUUCAUUUUGCAUGCAUCCAGUCCAAGUGUCCGGCAAACAUGGAUCCAUGAAAUCAACCAAAUUUUAGAAAACCAGCGCAAUUUUUUAAAUGCCUUGACAUCACCCAUCGAGUACCAGAGGAACCACAGCGGGGGCGGUGGGGGCGGGGGCGGCGGGGCCCCCAGCGGAGGCGGUAGCAACCACAGCGGGGGCGCCAGCAGCUGCAGCGGCCUCCCCAGUGCGAGCAGGAGCAGACCCUCCCGGAUCCCCCAGCCCGUCCGACACCACUCCCCCGUGCUGGUCUCCUCUGCAGCCGCGAGCCAGGCAGAGGCAGACAAGAUGUCAGGUACGUCCGCGCCCGGCCCCCCACUGCCUCCUCCCAGCAGCAGCGCCGCCCCCGACGCGGGCCCGGGCCAGCCCGGCAGGCACGCCCCUGGCAGAGAGGCCGAGGGCCCCGAGCGAGAAGCGGAGCAGAUCCCCAAGAUGAAGGUGAUGGAGAGCCCCAGGAAGGCCGCCAACGCCGCGGGCGCAGGCCAGGAUGCGGCGGCCCGGGACGCGCGAGCCAACCCCGACGACAGCCGCUCCCGGAGCAGCCUGGGCCCCUUGCCGCUGGGCAAGCCCAGGCCCGGGGCCGGCUCACCGCUGGGCUCGCCUCUCGCCACCGCGGGCCCCCCUCCGUUCAGCAAGGAGCCCUUUGCCCCCAGCAGCCCCCUGCAGAAGGGCGGCUCCUUCUGGAGCUCCAUCCCCGCCUCCCCCGCCAGCCGGCCGGGCUCCUUCACCUUCCCGGGGGACAGUGACUCCCUCCAGCGGCAGGCGCACCGCCACGCGGCCCCCGGCAAGGACACGGACCGCAUGAGCACGUGCUCCUCAGCCAGCGAGCAGUCUGUGCAAUCCACCCAGAGCAACGGGAGUGAAAGUAGCAGCAGUAGUAACGUCUCCACCAUGUUGGUGACACACGAUUACACGGCGGUGAAGGAGGAUGAGAUAAACGUCUGCCAAGGAGAGGUCGUUCAGGUUCUGGCCAGCAAUCAACAGAACAUGUUCCUGGUGUUCCGCGCCGCCACCGACCAGGGCCCCGCUGCCGAGGGCUGGAUCCCGGGCUUCGUCCUGGGGCACACCAGCACGGCCAUCAUGGAGAACCCCGAUGGGACUCUCAAGAAGUCAACAUCUUGGCACACAGCACUCCGUUUAAGGAAAAAAUCUGAGAAAAAAGAUAAAGAUGGCAAACGGGAAGGCAAGUUAGAGAACGGUUAUCGGAAGUCACGGGAAGGGCUCAGCAACAAGGUAUCUGUGAAGCUCCUCAAUCCCAACUACAUAUAUGACGUUCCCCCAGAAUUCGUCAUUCCCUUGAGCGAGGUCACGUGUGAGAUGGGGGAGACCGUUGUUCUGAGAUGUCGAGUUUGUGGCCGCCCCAAGGCCUCCGUCACCUGGAAGGGCCCCGAACACAACACCUUGAACAACGAUGGUCACUACAGUGUCUCCUACAGUGACUUGGGAGAGGCCGCUCUGAAGAUUGUCGGUGUGACCACAGAAGACGACGGCAUCUACACGUGCAUCGCGGUAAACGAGAUGGGAUCGGCCUUGUCCUCAGCCAGUCUGAGGGUUCUAGGUCCAGGGAGUGAUGGGAUCAUGGUGAGCUGGAAAGACAACUUUGACUCCCUCUACAGUGAAGUGGCCGAGCUUGGCAGGGGCAGAUUCUCUGUCGUUAAGAAAUGUGAUCAGAAAGGCACCAGACGAGCAGUGGCUGUGAAGUUUGUGAACAAGAAGCUGAUGAAGCGCGACCAGGUCACCCAUGAGCUCGGCAUCCUGCAGAACCUCCAGCACCCACUCCUCAUCGGCCUCCUGGAUACCUUCGAGACCCCCACCAGUUACAUCCUGGUUUUGGAAAUGGCUGACCAGGGGCGUCUCCUGGACUGUGUGGUGCGAUGGGGAAACCUCACCGAGGGCAAGAUCAGGGCUUAUCUGGGGGAGGUUCUGGAAGCUGUCCGAUACCUUCACAACUGCAGGAUAGCACACCUGGACCUGAAGCCUGAAAAUGUUCUGGUGGAUCAGAGUUUAGCCAAGCCGACAAUUAAAUUGGCCGACUUUGGAGAUGCUGUCCAACUCAGCACGACCUACUAUAUCCACCAGUUACUGGGGAACCCCGAAUUUGCGGCCCCCGAAAUCAUCCUUGGGAACCCCAUCUCGCUGACCUCAGACACGUGGAGUGUUGGAGUGCUCACAUAUGUCCUUCUCAGCGGCGUGUCCCCCUUCCUGGACGACAGCGUGGAGGAGACCUGCCUGAACAUUUGCCGACUAGACUUUAGUUUCCCAGAUGACUACUUCACAGGGGUGAGCCAGAAGGCCAAGGAUUUCGUGUGUUCCCUCCUCCAAGAAGACCCUGCCAAGCGGCCCUCGGCAGCGCUGGCCCUGCAGGAGCAGUGGCUGCAGGCGGCCCACGGCAAAGGGGCGGGCACCCUCGACACAUCCAGGCUGACCUCCUUCAUUGAGCGGCGCAAACACCAGAACGAUGUUCGACCUAUCCGUAGCAUUAAAAACUUCUUACAGAGCAGGCUUUUGCCUAGAGUUUGACCUAUCCUGAAGUUCUUUCUCAUUCUCUUUCACCUGCCAAUCAGCUGUUAAUUUGAGUUUUGAAGAGAAACACAAACCAACAUAACUGAUCGGCUGCCGUAUGUUCAUCGUGUGGAACUGCAUUCCAAUGGGCUGUGCUCGGGACUCGGGGAGCGAGCCGUGCCGGGUGGAGGACCUUCUCGUGCGCGCUGCAAGAGCGGAGACAGCAUUGCUGUAUCACAGUCUUUUAUUCAGGUUUCUGCAAAAAAUAAAAAGAAACUUUUUUAAACAAACAUGAAUAGAAUUUUGCAAAUUUAACAUUUUCCAAGAUUUAUUCAAGGAAACGAAAUGCCUGUGUUCAACCACUGGUGUUAAUGAACAAAGCAGAUACUGGGCAUCUCUGGGGUAAGACCCACCCUCGUGGCGGCAGUCCCUACGGCCUCAUCUGGAGCUCAGUGUCCACCUGGCUCUGAGCUUUUCCAGCUGCCUGGUCUGUGCGUCUUGGCAGGACGCCAGACUAGGCUUCUGAAAUGUGCAUUCAACCUCAAACUUUUGCAUAAAAACAGAAUGAAUCGUUUUGCUCUGAUGAAAUGUAGGCCUUACUUGUAUAUAAGACUGGUCCUGCCUUCGGUCUGCCCUUUCCCUACCCACUGUCCCUCCCCCUGCCUGCCCACCUCCUGGGGCUUCCUUCAGGGGCUAGAGGGUUCUGCCCACACCCACCCAAGGACGUCAGGUUGGGUCCUUCCCACGGCCCCCCUCUCCCCACUUCCCCCCCAAGCCGUCAAUCAGAUUGUUGAGCAGUAUACAGUCAGAUGAAAAUACUGUAAAUGCACUCAUUGGGGUUUUUUGGUUUUAUUUCAUAUCAUGUGCAAUGUUGUGGCUUUAACAUUUUAUGCAACUAUUUAUGAAGACCUCUGUUGUACCUGUAAUAAAUAUAUAGAAAAAGCACAUACUUCGUACAGUGAGCUUUAUGGUUUUGUGUGUGAAUCGGGUGGGGCGGGGGGUGGGGGUUCGUAACCCUGUGCCAUCAGUUCAAGGAGGCUUAACUCUUCGUGAAAUUUGUCGGUUUUGAGGACUGUAUAAAGUGAUUUCAUACUCAAUAUAAAACUGGAUAAUAGGGUAAUGUUUUAAAAUUUAUUAUGCUAUUAUUCAGAAUGCCAAAGUAUUAUUUUUUUUCCCCAAAAUCAGUCUGGACAUUUACUACUUUUUAGACUUUUUGAUGUUCAACUUUCUGUACAAAAAUUGGCUGGGUUUUGAGCUUUUGGUAAGAAAUAAAAGCCAAUUAAGUACUAGCUGCCUUGAGGCUGGCAUCCGAUGUCUGUGUCACUGUGGCAGAAUAACGCUGGUGUGGGACAGACUUUGAACAAGACGCUGGGUUUCUGGGCACGCUUGAAUUUUUCUGGAUGUCUUUUUAUCUUUGUUUUGUGAAAUACACUAAAAAAGAGACCAGCUUGCUUCCUAAACCAGCCAGAUACCUGGGUCUCAAGCCAUAAACUGGCAUAGCUAAGCUUUGCAGCUUCCAAUGUAUUUUAUUUAUUCUUUUGUUGGGUUUUUCUUUGUUUCUUGUAAAAUUGUACAGAAACUUUUUGAAAGAAAUUGGAUUCAAAACUGGAUGUGUAUUCGUAACCUCAUAGCUUUUAUUUGUGUAUUGUUUCUUUUGUUAUUUCAGUUAAAUUUUUACAUUAUUUUGCAUGUACAUUUCUUUGUACAGAGACUUUACAUGUUUACAUAGUAUGAUGUGAUGUAAAUAUUUUAUUUUGCCAUCAGUUAUUUUAAAAAAUUAAACAUAUUUGC